AUGUGUGCAAUUGUUACUGCUUCAGGAAACUCAAUACCACCAGUAUUUAUACUUCCUAGAGCUCGUUUCCAUGAAAAUAUGCUUAUAGGGGCACCCGUUGGUAGCAUUGGUUUCGCAAAUAGUCCUCAAAGCGGUUGGAUGACUGGAGCACUAUUUAUUAAAGUAUUGGAACACAUACAAAAAGCAACAGGAUGCAAUAAUGACAAUAAAAUCUUGUUAUUAUUAAAUAAUCACGAAAGCCACUGUACACUAGAUGCUAUUAAAUUUUGUCGUGAUAUAGGAAUUAUUCUUCUGACAUUUCUACCACACUGUACUCACCGUCUCCAGCCUCUAGAGGUUGUAGUUGUGGGGCCUUUUAACCGAAAACUUUCCGUUUCUCAGAAUGACUGGUUAUUGAAUAACCCCGGUAAAACAAUAACAAUUCGUCAUUUAGCAUCAAUCGUUACUCCUGCUUAUAAUGCUGCGUUCACUCCAAGUAACAUUACCUCAGGGUUUUCUAAGCCAGGUAUUUAUCCAAUUUCGAGGAAUGUAUUCACAGAUGAUGACUUUCAAUGUUCCGAAGUUACGAAUCACCCUUUACCAUCAUCAACUUCUACUCAAUGA